AUGUGUCCAGGAAUGAGCUUAAAACAGCGACGAAAAUGGGAUGCUCUGAGUGGCCGCACCCCCAUCUUACAGACUAUGAUAGAAGUAGCUGUGAUUGCGAGACCAUCCUUCAUACGAAAUUUUGGAGCAUCCUCCAACAUGGCUUCCUUAUCGAAGCGGCAAGAAACGGAGUCGGCGAUCGCAACGGGAACAUCCCAUGAGCUUGUCAAUCGCCUCAAUCAAAGCAAAUCACCAUAUGUUCGCGGACACAUGAAUAACCCUGUUGCGUGGCAAAUGUGGGAUGCGGAAGCAAUUGCUUUGGCUAAGAAACUCAACCGCAUGGUAUUCUUAAGGUGUCAUGUUAUGGAGAAAGAGUCGUUCAUGUCUCCUGAGGUUGCGGCUAUACUGAACAAGGCAUUUAUCCCUAUAAAACUCGACCGAGAAGAACGACCAGAUAUCGAUGAUGUAUACAUGAACUAUGUGCAGGCCACAACAGGUUCUGGCGGAUGGCCGUUAAACGUAUUCCUCACGCCGGAUCUAGAACCGGUCUUUGGAGGCACAUACUGGCCAGGCCCGCAUUCCAGUGCGUCCUCCACACUUGGUGGAGAGGGGCAGGUCACCUUUAUCGACAUUUUAGAAAAACUACGAGACGUGUGGCAAACGCAGCAGUUGAGGUGUCGCGAAAGUGCAAAAGAUAUUACGAGGCAGCUCCAGGAGUUUGCGGAGGAAGGUACUUACUCCAAACUAAGGGGUGCGGGUGCGGAUGAGGAGGAGGAUUUGGAAGUUGAGCUGUUGGAAGAGGCAUAUAAACAUUUUGCUUCGCGUUAUGAUCCUGUCAAUGGAGGAUUCUCACGGGCGCCUAAAUUCCCUACUCCGGCUAAUUUGAGCUUUCUGGUUAAUCUUUCCCGUUUUCCCAGCGCCGUCGCUGACAUUGUGGGCUACGAGGAAUGUGCCCAUGCUCUUGAAAUGGCUAUCAAAACCCUUAUCUCUAUAUCUCGGGGAGGCAUCCAUGACCAUAUAGGACAUGGUUUUGCGCGGUAUAGCGUGACGACAGACUGGAGUCUACCGCAUUUUGAGAAAAUGCUGUACGACCAAGCCCAGUUGCUAGGUGUUUACACUGAUGCCUUCGAUUCUGCACACGACCCGGAGCUUCUGGGAGCUAUGUAUGACAUUGCGGCUUAUAUCACGAGUCCUCCAGUACUCUCACCAACAGGUGGUUUCCAUUCAUCGGAAGAUGCGGACAGCCUGCCUACCCCGAGCGACACUGACAAGAGAGAAGGCGCCUUUUACGUAUGGACACAUAAGGAAUUCAAACAGAUUCUCGGCCAACGGGAUGCGGACGUAUGUGCCCGUCACUGGGGUGUUCUGCCAGAUGGAAACGUUGAGCGAGUAAAUGAUCCACAUGAUGAGUUCAUCAAUCAAAAUGUCCUCAACAUCCAGACUACACCUGGAAAACUCGCAAAGGAGUUCGGAUUAAGUGAGGAGGAAGUUGUCAGAAUCAUCAAGGCAUCCACAGAGAAGUUACGGGAAUAUCGGGAAAGCAAACGGGUACGUCCCGCGCUGGAUGAUAAGAUUAUCGUAGCAUGGAAUGGGCUCGCCAUUGGCGCGCUGGCUAAAUGCAGUGUUGUCCUCGAUAAUGUGGAUAGAAUCAAGGCACAGGAGUUCAGGCUGGCUGCAGAAAAUGCAGCGAAGUUUAUCAGGCAGAGCCUCUUCGAUCCUGCAUCUGGUCAACUCUGGCGUAUAUACCGUGGUGAAGAAAGGGGGGAUACCCCCGGCUUCGCUGACGAUUAUGCGUAUCUCAUCUCUGGACUUAUUGAUCUCUACGAAGCAACGUUCGAUGACAGUUAUUUACAAUUCGCGGAGCAGUUGCAACACGCUUCGACGCCAUCACCCAACGGCGUCAUCGCUCGAAACCUCCUCCGCCUCUCCACCCUCCUCGAAGACGACACUUACAGGCGCCUGGCACGAGACACCGUCAGCGCCUUCGCUGUGGAGGUCAUGCAGCACCCAUUCCUCUUCGUCGGGUUGCUGGAUGCCGUUGUCGGGCUGGAGGUGGGGGUUAAAGGGGUUGUGGGAGUUAUUGGGCAGAAUGACGAUGUGGGACUGGGUGAGGAUGAGAGGGAAGCGGCGCGUGAAGGCGAUGCUGGUGUAGAGAAUGUAGAGGAAGGGUUAAGGGCGACGACAGGGGCAUCUCCUCUUGCAGCGCGCGAAGCGGUCAUUCGAAGAGCACGCGCGGAGGCAGGGUCCGCAGCGUCCACUUCCACGGCGGUGGUUUCUAUCAUCGAUGUACGCACCACCGGCGAUACCACUGUGUCCGAAAGCGCGCAGAAGUCGAACUGGUUGCGGACGCGCAAUUUGUUGCUGAGAGAUAUCCGACCUGGGAAGAAUUACUUGCUUGUCUGUGAGGCGGGGACGUGUCGGGUUAUUGAUAUCUGA